CCCUUAAGCAUAUGGGCCAGGAAAAGCCCAAAAACACCGUAGCCAUGAACCGAUAUCCGUAGGCAAAUUAAAAUGUAUCCGAAUCCAAAUUCCCAAAAUCUUGUGUUGUUUCCUUCCUCCUGGAAAAGAAAGAAUAUUAUCGUCUCCUCUCCGUGUUUGAUAUCCCCCAAAGUGUCUUCCACCCCCUUUUUCAUCUAUAAAGAAUAUAUAUAUUAUUUCUCUCUUUGAAAUUGCUUUUAGUAAACUGGGAUAUUGAUUUUAAAGAGAAUGGGAAAGAAUCAAGCAUACAAAGCUAUGCAGAGAGCAAGGUUGGGUUCAAGCUCAGGUGGACCUGAUGAUGUUGAUGAUGGAAUGGUGGAUGGUUCUUUUCAUACACCAGAGUGGCAUGCUGCUCGUUUGGCAAGCCUCAAAACUUCUCAUACAGUUACAUGGGAAGAGUUCAAAAAGAAACAGAAGGAAGAAGAAAUGAGAAAAGGAGAGCUAGAAGCAGAUAAAGAUAAAAUGAUGAGGGAAUACAGGGCUCAGCUAGAUGCUGAAAGGGCCAGCAAGCUCUCUCAGGGAAGAAAUCAUUCCAGCAGUAAACACAGUCGCAAAAAGGAUAAGAAGGAGAAGGACAAAGAUACAAAGAAACAUAGAAGCAAAAAGAGAAAGGUAAGGGAUAGAAUCGAUGCUUUAAGAAACUUCAUUUGGCAAGGAAAUAAGGACAAACAAGCUAUGCAUUUGGUCGAAUGGAAGUCCUUAAUCACCUCCAAAUCAAAGGGGGGUUUGGGAAUUAGGGAUUUAAAUGCAAGUUUAUUGAUGAAGUGGCUCUGGAGGUAUAAUGUGGAGGAGAAUAGCUUACGGAGAAGGUUAAUCCAAGACAAGUACGGCCAGGUAGGGAUGCGGUGCAUAGAUAUUGUUACUAGUCCUUAUGGAGUAGGGGUGUGGAGGUCCAUCAGAUCUCAUUGGGACACACUUUUAAAGAACUCAAAGAUUCAGGUUGGUAAUGGAAGAAAGACUUUGUUUCGGGCGGACAAUUGGCUCGGGCAUGGAAGUUUGAAAGAUCUUUUUCCUGAUUUGCUCAGUAUCUCUACCUCUCCAAAUGAUUAUUUAUCUACAGCUAAGGGAUUGCAAGGAUGGAACAUUACAUUUAGGAGGGAUCUGAAUGAUUGGGAAAUUGAAAGAGUAUGGAGUUUUUUAAGACCUUGGAAGUCUUCCAGGGGUUAUCAGAAGCAGAGGAUAAGCUGCUCUGGAAUCCAAGCAAAGAUGGGGCCUUCACAGUCAAACCUGCCUACUUAACAAUCAGCAACUAUGCUCAUCAAAUAGUCGACUGGCCAUGGAAGUUUAUUUGGAAGACUAAUGCUCCUACAAAGGUUCUAUGUUUCACCUGGCUGGUGGCUAGGUAGGCAGUUUUGACUCGAGAAAGGUUGAGAAGAAGGGGGUUCGAGGUAUGCUUCAGAUGUUUGUUUUGUGAAUCUUACACAGAAACAAAUAGCCAUCUGUUUCUUCAUUGUUUUUUCACUAUUCAGCUGUGGCAGCUCUUUCUCAAUAUUGUGGGGAUCAAAUGGUGUGUGCCUGCAAACACUGUUGAUCUGCUUAAGAGCUGGAACAGUUUGAGAGUUUCAGUUAGACAGAAGAAAUGGUGGAGAUUGGUUCCUGCUUGUAUUUGGUGGACAAUUUGGAAAGAGAGAAACUCUAGGGUUUUUGAUGAUAGGGGUAAUCAUGUGCAGGAUAUUUAGAUGAAGUGUCUACUUUUGUUUCACUUUUGGUGUAAAGAAUGCUAUUUAGAGGAGGAGGUUUCCUUAAUAGAUUUUAUAGGGCAAUUGUAACUGUUGUUUAGGAUUUUUGUUGGCUGCGGGGACUUCUCCUCUGUAAAUAUGGCUUCAGCACUGCCCUAGUGCUAUCGAUACCAAUGUUACCAAUUUCAAAAAAAAAAAAAAAAGGUAGGGGUAAGGUCUGCGUACACUUUACCCUCCCCAUACCCCCACUUUGUGGGAUUUCACUGGGUAUGUUGUACUAAAAGGGGCAACCCGGUGCACAAAGCAUCCCACGUUAGCAGGGUCCGAGGAAGGGCCGCACCCUAAGGGGUGUGAUGUAGACAACCUACCCUAAUGCAAGCAUUAGUGACAGCUUCCACCGCUCGAACCCAUGACCUUUCAGUCACACGGAGACAACUUUAUCGUUGCUCCAACGCCCCUUCAUGUUUACUAGUGGAUUGUAAUUGGUAAAAAUGCUUACAAUACCUAUAUAUGGCAUGAUGAAAUUUCGAAGUAUUGAAUGUUGAAUUGGUCCCAUUUGAUAAGAGAGACUAAUUUUACACCCAAGGGUGUCACCUAGUGGUCAAUGAUGUGGGUUGAGAUCCAUGAGCUCUUAGGUUCAAAUGCCAGUAGAGACAAAAACACUAAGUGAUUGUCGUAGCCUUGCUGGACAGCAUCUGGGGCCUGUUGCUGGUGGGAGGUGGUGGGUGUCCAGUGGAAUUAGUUGAGGUGCGCGAAAGCUGGCUUGGACACCACGGUAAAAAAAAAAGAGUAAUUGUCGCAGUUAAUCCCUCUUCUUCCAACCAAAAUGUUGGGAGUUUGUGUCAACAUAGGGGAAGUGGGAAAGCAAAACUUUGGGCUACUUGGCCCUAAGGAGGGGGUUUGGGAUUUCAAAUCACCUGAAAAAAUGAAUAGUUCCUGAUUCUUGAUUGUUAUUUCUCACGUCUUAAGGGUACCGACUAUGUUGUAGUAACAAAACAUGUUGUAAGAAAGGAUGUGAUAAUAAGUAAGACAAGGUAAUUAUUAGAUGAUUUUGGAAGAAAUAUCAAAAACAUUAACAACCUGAGAAGAAUAAAAUAAGCAAAAUAAGGUAACUUAUAUUUGAGUUGAUGAGAUAAAAAUGGACACAUGCUAGUCUUUUUUGAUAACAAUUGAGAGUAUCAUAUGUUACUUCAAUAAGCGUCUGAACAUGUAAUUGGUUGAGGAAAUUUUGAACUUAUUAAAUCUUUUGGCUAUCAAUUAUCAAGAUGUCCUAAUUUUAAUUGGUGUUUCUGUUAAAUGUUGAACACCCAAUAGCAGGUGACCUAAAUGAAUUUCCAUGAAAAAUAGCUUAGCAAUUGUCAAAUAGUCUAUGUACCUCUUUCCCGUGUUGAAUCAUGAAUGUAAACUAAAAAAUUGUACUUAAAAGGAACAAAGUGCCUUCCUUGUACAAGGGAAGCAAAAAGGAGGGAAGUCUCAAAUAGCGGAACCUAUAUACAGCACCUACCAACUCCAAAUUUGAGUUAACCAAAAUUAUGAACCUUUCCAUACCACCACAACAGCCUUGAAAAGCCAAACAGAAGAUAAGUUUAAACACCACUAUGAGGGACAGCAAUCUUCUACUAUCUUUCUCAAAUCUCUUUAAUUAACUUUAGAUUUCAAUCCUUCUAGUUCUUGGAGCUAAUUCUUAUACCACUAUACCUUUGAUUUAGGUUUAUAUUUAACAAAUAAUAUACUACUUAAUAUAGGAGUAUACCGUUGAUUUAGGUUUAUAUUUAGUAAUAAAUAGUAUACUAUUUAGUAUACCAGUAUAUCAUUGAUUUAGGUUUAUAUUUAACAAGUAGUAUACAAUAGGGGAACUUGGAAAUUACAACAAACUUUCAAGAAGAACUAUAGUAAGUAAAGGAUUCAUGGGUAAAACGUUGGAUCUCGCCUAGUGAAUUAAAUGCAAGAAGCAUAUGAACUUGACUACCACUUCUUGCUCUGCGAGAUAACAACGAAGAGGAGUGCUUAUGAGCAAAAGUAAAGACCCGCUCCGCUAGAAAGAAUGCAAAGAAGUUGGGCGAUUAGGUAUUGGUUGUUAUUGUUUUCUAUCUUUCUUAUAAAAAAGUAAUUUGUUUUAAAAAAGCUGUAUGGAAUGUUAUGAAUGUGUUACCAAAUGUAAUUUUCCAGAAGGGGUGGUAAUUUUAUAAAGUUUUAAAAAAGGUCUUCGGGGUAAAUUUCCUGAAAGAAAAAAAAAGAAAAGGAAAAAGGGAUAGAGAAUCAGGAUGUUGUUCUAAAUUAUUUUUAUAUUUGAUAAACAUGAUACAAUGUAUAAGUUUUACAACAUAUAUUGGUUAUAUUAUGGAUGACCAAGAAUUCCAACUGGUAUUCGUUCCAUUUUCUAGUCCUGCAUGUUUUCGUCUAACAUUACAAUUCUGUAGUAAUAUAUCUCCUUGUUCCUUGCCAAUCUGGGCCACUGAUGCUUUCUUCUUGCUACUGUUGUUGUCUAAAGAUAGUUGGAAAGUUCAUAUAGAAGUUUAUCACCAUGUGAUCCUUCACUCCAGAAACUAACUGUGGUGCCC